AUGCAUCGUCUAUUUGCUGAGCUGGAGCCAUCUUUAACCGUCACAGAGCAAAACCUGGCAGACCGAGUUCGGUAUAUCUUGCGCUCAAAUAUAUUUGAUGUCGCCGAACUCGAACGGCUACGACGUGAGGCUGUUCCCUCGUCGGAUGAGAAUGCUACGGCUGAGGAUGCGGCGCCACAAAUGGUAGAGCAACCCGCAAACGUGGAUGCCGCCGUGAAUACCCCAGUUGUGGUUGAUUCAAACGAUGAUGUAACAGUCGCCCAGGAACUGGAAUUAGAGCAUAUGAGGAGUACAUUGGAAGAGGCGAUUGUGGAAACGUGCAGUACGCCUCUCGAAAAUCGACCGCGACUUCCCCGCAUAGCCCUAAGCAAGCGGAAUCGGGCUGUCGUGAGGGCUCUGAACCCAAUGCUGGUGACCUAUUUGGAAGCCAGCCGGGACCUUUGCGAGACGGACUCAAUUCUUUUUGGCGCCGCGCUGGCAGUCUGCCGUAUCAUAAGCGCCAAGGUUUCCACGGCUGGACGCGCUACUGGCCAUAGUAGCGCUAUCCCAGCAUGGAGAAGAAGAAUUGAGGAACGUAUCGCAAAGGCUAGAGCUCUCAUCGGCAGACUGAUAUGCUUCAGAUCAGGCAACAACAGGCCAAGAAUUGUGGGCACCGUCAGGAUGGCGUUUGCUGGGACAAAUGUCAGUUUGUCCCAGCCGGAUAUAACGCAAAAACUGACGGAGCGCAUAGAUGAUCUGAAGCAGAGGAUCGCUGCUUGGGGAAAGCGGAUUCGGCGAUAUACCGAGAGGUCGACACGGUUCAACCAGAAUAGUCUCUUCCAGAGUGAUCAGAAGAGGCUCUAUGAAUCAUUGGAGCGACCAAUGGUAAGUGGAACGGGUCCAGCACCGAAUCAGGCCGACACUGUAGAAUUCUGGCGCGGCCUGUGGUCAGAGCCCGUAAACCACAGCGAGGGCCCUUGGACGGAAGUUGUGGCGAGUCAGUGUGCGGGUAUUACGCCCAUGGACCCCGUCAUCAUAACGCCGGAUGACGUAGCUGAGGCGGUCCGUAGGGCCCCGAACUGGAAAAGUCCGGGGCUUGACGGGCUGCAUCACUACUGGCUGAAGGGGUUCAUGGUGUGUCACUCUGUGCUUGCCCGACAGUUUCAAGAGGCUCUCAACCAGAAGUCGCUCCCAAGCCUCUUCACUACUGGGAUCACUCAUUUGGUUCCUAAAGACCAGGGUACCACAGACCCGAGCAAAUACCGCCCCAUCACGGCGAAAGGGGGAGAAACUGGAUGUUUGGCGUAUCGGGCUAGGAUGCAUCGUCUUUUUGCUGAGCUGGAGCCAUCCUUAACCGUCACAGAGCAAAACCUGGCAGACCGAGUUCGGUAUAUCUUGCGCUCAAAUAUAUUUGAUGUCGCCGAACUCGAACGGCUACGACGUGAGGCUGUUCCCUCGUCGGAUGAGAAUGCUACGGCUGAGGAUGCGGCGCCAAAAAUGGUAGAGCAACCCGCAAACGUGGAUGCCGCCGUUAAUACCCCAGUUGUGGUUGAUUCAAGCGAUGAUGGAACAGUCACCCAGGAACUGGAAUUAGAGCAUAUGAGGAGUACAUUGUGUAACGCUUCCCCCCCUCUCUCAUAA